AUGGAGCUUCAUUACCUUGCUAAGAAGAGCAACCAGGCAGCCAUGUGUGAUGUUGUGGACUGGAGUUCAGGAGGGCCUCCCGGGGACCAGGCAGAUGCAGCAGUUACCAAAGCUGCUAUCUGCUGCCAGAGACAUUGUAUGUUGACACCAAGAGCACCAGAGAUGGAAGGGUCUAAACUUAGCCCGUCUCCAGCAUCCCCUUCCCCCACACUGCAAGACAGUGUUAUUCAGCGAGACUCCUUGCCACCAGGACCUCUCAACUCAGGGAACAACCAAAUGACAGCAGAACAGAAAGUCUGCAACUGCUGCAGCCAGGAAUUAGAAACUUCUUUUACCUACGUGGACGAGAAUGUCAACCUUGAGCAAAGGAACCGGCGCUCCCCUUCAGCUAAAGGGAGUAAUCACCUGGGAGACCUUGGCUGGGGAAACCCAAAUGAGUGGUCCCACGAGGCUGCCAUGUCCCUGAUAUCCGAAGAUGAAGAUGAUACAAGCUCAGAAGCCACCUCUUCAGGGAAGUCAGUAGACUAUGGUUUCAUCAGUGCCAUCUUAUUCUUGGUCACUGGCAUCUUGCUGGUGAUCAUCUCUUACAUUGUCCCACGGGAUGUGACUGUGGAUCCCAACACUGUGGCAGCCCGGGAGAUGGAACGUCUGGAGAACGAGAGUGCAAGGCUGGGGGCUCACCUGGACCGCUGUGUGAUUGCCGGACUCUGCCUGCUCACUCUUGGGGGGGUCGUUCUGUCCUGUUUGCUAAUGAUGUCCAUGUGGAAGGGGGAGCUAUAUCGUCGUGACAAGUUUGCCUCUUCCAAAGAGUCUGCGAAACUCUACGGUUCCUUCAACUUCAGGAUGAAAACUAGCACUAAUGAGACCACCCUGGAACUGUCCUUGGUAGAGGAAGAUGCUCUCACUGUACAGAGUUAA